AUGCAUGUUAGUGAUAAAUUAAAUGAAAUUUUUUAUUGGGCUAAAGAAGAACUAUCAGAAAUAAUAAACGAUAUUGAACUAGAAAAAGGCGAAGAAAAAAUUGGUGAAAUAUAUAAAAAAAUAAAAAACACAAUAAAAGUUAUAAAUGAUAGUAAUAGUUUAGAAAAUAUACAUAAUAAUAUAGAGAGAAAAAUUGUUAAAAAUAAAAAUAUAAUAAAUUGGAAUGAUUUAAAUUUUUGUCUUUUUUAUUAUAUUAAUAUUUAUAAAAAAAUCUAUGAAAACUUAUAUAUAGAAGAAGAAGAUUUUUUUUGUAAAUUUGAUACUUACAAUUAUUUUGUUAAAAAAAAUUUUCAAAUUAAUUUAGUAUAUCAUCCAUUGAUAUAUUCUAUUGAUAGUUCAUAUUUUAAUUUUUUAUUUUCUUUCAUUUUUGAUGGUUAUAAAAAAGGAGAUAAAAAUUUAUGUAUUAAUUUAGGCAAAGCAUUAUGUUUGGAAAAAAACAAAGACAACGAAAUUGCAUACUCAAAUUCAGAGAAAACCAAACAACAUAAUGGAAAUAAUUUUAUAAUUGAUAAGAAUGGAAACGAACAAAAUUAUGAAGAAAAAAUAAAAGAACCCAAUGAUGAUAUAUUUGUAAAAGAAUGGAAUAUAAAAGAUAACAAUAUAAAAAAAAAUCAACAAAAAUAUUUUUCCAGAAACAAAAUUACAUAUAUACUUAAUGAUAAUGUAGAAUACAAACAAAAUUUUAUAAUAACAAAUGAAUCACAUUUUGAAUUAUCUGAAAUGUUUACAAAAAAUGGUGAUGUAUAUAAAUAUAUAGAAAAUGUAUCGGAUUCUUUAUAUAAUUUUGGCUAUAAAAAGGGAAUAUUUGAUGAAAAUAGAGAUACUUUUUCUAAUCCACAAAAUAAUAAUAACCUUUUUCAAUAUUUAAACGAUUCAGAAAAUGAAGAUGUGAAUAAUAUCAAUAAUAAUGGAAACAAUUUUUGUGAUAAAAAUAAAAGAAUCGAUAAUGAACAAGAAGAAUAUCAAAAAACAGACAUUGGCCAAGCAUAUAACUAUUCGAUAAAAAAUAAAACUUAUAUGGUUGAUAAAGAAUUGAAUAAAAAAAUAAAAAUAUAUAAUGGUGAUAUAGCAAAUGUAGAAAGUCAAGGUAUAAUACUUUAUGCAAAUAAUAAUUAUAAAUAUUCCAAAAGCAUAUGUGAAAAUUUAUAUUCUUCAAAUUUAAUGAAAUUAGAAGAAGAAGAAAAAUAUGAAAUACGAACAAAAAAAAGUGGUGAAGUUUAUUUAACAAAUAGUUAUGAUAAUAUACAUAAAUAUAUAUUACAUGUUAUGUUACCAAAAUAUAAUAGUAAAUUUAUUUUAGCAACACAUAAUACUAUGAAUUUAUGUGUCCAUGAAAUAUUAUAUGCAUGUUUCGAAAAAAAAAUACAAUCUAUAUCUAUACCAAUAGUAUGUUUUAGUUUAUUUUUUCCGAUAAAUAUAUUUUUAAUUACUUUAUUAAAAAGUUUACGUUCAUUAUUAUUAAUACCACAAUUUUAUAAUACAAUCAAAAAUAUUAUAUUUGUAACAAAUUCAAAUAAUAUUUAUUUUUUUUUGUUAAAAUAUAUAUCUAUAUUUUUCCCAAGAACAGAGCAAGAACGAUUUCUAUCUACAAACAUUGCCAUCAUUGGAAAUAAGAUUGGAUCCAUAGAUGUGCAAAAUAGAAAUAUCACAAUAUUUAAAAGUUUGCGAAAGGUGCGCAAAAAAAAGCGAAAAAAAAAAAUAGAAAAAAAAAACGAAUAUUAUAAUAAAGUUGAUAUAAAUCUAUCUGGAAAAAAUGAAAUAAAAAAAGAAGAGUACAUCUGGGAUAGUGAUGAAGAAUUGUCUUCUGAUUAUUCUAAUUCAUCUUGUUCAUCUACGUCUGAAAUAUUCAAAGAAGCAGAUACCGAAUUUUUGAACAUAAAAACUCAAAAUGAAAGUCACAAGAAUUUUUUAAAAUUAACACAAAUAAAUCGAAAUGAUGAAAAUAUAAAUUUAGAAUGUUAUUUAAGAUUAAGUUAUAAUUAUAAUAAAAAAGAAAAAUUUGAAGAAUUAAAAAAAAUGAAUUUUAUAUAUGAAUAUGGUAUAGAUGAAUUUGGCCGAAAUAUAAUAAUUAUAAAUUUUUGUAAUUUUCCAUUAAUAUAUAAUUAUAAUUUAUUAUAUUUUUAUUUAAUAUAUUAUUUUAAUACCUUUAUGAGAAAUCAAUUUAUACUUUUGUUUAUUUUUUCGGAAAGCAUUUUGUCAAAUAUCACAAACAUAUUAUCAUUGUUUAAGGAUAUAUUUCAAGUUAUUCAAGAAUUUCUAAAAAAUAUCAAAAUUAUUUAUUUUUUUAAUUAUUCAUUUAUGUUUAAGUUUUUUAUUUAUGUAUUAUAUCCGUUUAUUCCACCUGACAUAUACGAGAAUAUUGUUUAUCUUAAUGACGAUUUGGAGCUUUCAAAAUAUUUUGACGUUCGAAAAGUUUUGAAAAGGGAAUGA